AUGCGUCCCGGGGAGCAGCACGGCGUCGACUACUUCUUUGUGACUAAGGCCGAAUUUGAGGAAUGGAUAGCUGCCGGGCAGCUGCUGGAGCACGCCGUGGUUUACGGGGAAUACAAGGGCAUCCCCAGGCAGCAGGUGGAGGCGGCCCUGGCCCGCGGCACUGACGUGGUCAUGCGGCUCGACGUGCAGGCGAGCGCUUGA